AUGUUUGUUGUUAGAUUGUUGAAUGUAGAAUUUGAAAAAAGUUGGAGUUGUUUGGCUGUUUGUAGUUUGAUUUGUGUUGGAGGUGGAGUUAUUAGAUAUAGGAGUAUAAGUAUUAGAAGGUUGGGAAACUUUGUUGUUAUUGUUGAUAUUAGAAGAAAGAGUUGCUUAAGUUUGGUAGUUGUAGUAGCUUUAAAAGCUGGGGUUAAGUUUCUUCUAGCAUCUUCAAGAGGAGGUUGGGUUGAGGUGGAAGUUGUAGCAGUAGAGGAGGAUGAGGCUUCUAUAGAACAGAUACUGUAA